AAGCAUGCCAUUUCCCACUACUCCAAUGCAAUGCUAGAUACGCGAAACGAAUUCUUGCAUAUCACGAUUGCGCAUUGCGUGGACUUUCCUCCUGAGCACCAUCUUACCAACUGCUUAAUCGCACUCAGCUACGAGGGCAGACCGUGUUUCUCUUGCAGUCGCGUUCUUUAGACGCGUGUUUACGAGCCCCUCCACCAUUUUCAUCAACACUUUCCACAUGUCCGUCAUGUCGCUAAUAGACGCCCACCUGGAACAAAUAUCGCUAUGCGCGCAGUCAAUUGCCGAACUGUCCUUCCCACCACCCAAGAUCUUCACCAACGCUCUUCUCGGCGGCCACGACAUUACCACACUGAUCCGUGACACGGAGACACACGAGCGUGCUCUCUUCUCCGUCCCUCCGCCCCCACCACCAAAGGCACAGGACCCAACAAGCAACAAGCGACGAACAACAGUGUUUCAAUCGCAGAGCGCGGGGCCGGGGCUGAAUGUCGACUCCGUGAGGGCUCCGAGGAGAAACACAGCUGUUGCCGCCGUGUUGGGCAAAGACCUGGUGGAUAGGAUCCGCAAGGCAGGAGGCGCAGGUGCUGGUAGCGCCCUAGGAUACCAAGCGUAUGAGAGGGGGAAAGACAAGGGAGAAGUGGAUGUUGAGGUAUUGCUCGAAGGUGCGGAGAAGCUCUGCAACGUCUAUCCAAUACCUGGAGCAGCAGAGAAGAUUGCGGCGCUGCGGCAGCGCCAUCAGAGGUUGGAGUCCUCGCUGCGAUACUACGAAGCCCAAAUCGCAGAACAAGCAGCACAACUGUCAAAGCUAAAUAGACCGCGAGAUUACGGGUCAGAUUACGAUGGAGAAGCCGAUCUGGAUGCACAAGAGGCUCUAACAUUCGAGGAUUUCACUGAAGAGGACAUGCGAAGAGAGGAAGAGGAGAUCAAGGAGCUCGAACGCAAGAAGCGCAGCUUGGAGGAGCGUGUCAGCAAUAUGGAAAAGGAUAUCAGUGGCGUGACGAGGUGAAAUGUCUUGGAGAUCCCUCUCGAGUUGUUGAGUGAAGUCUUAUGGUGUCCGCUCACAGCUAUGGAGCGUCCACGCAUCCGUAAAGCCAUGUUCGGCUGCAUCAAAAGAUAAUGCAAACAUCAAAAGAUAGCUUUCCUUCUUAGUG